UCAUUCAAUAUCAUUCACUGUUUUUUAAGCAAAUAGUGAAUCCGCGGUGUUUUCCAAUUGAUUUACCAUAGAAACAUGAAAUAAACAUCGAUUUUAUACGACAAGAUAGUAUAAUGGAGAUUCGUGGCAUGGCUGAAGGCAAGAAGAAUUUAAUGCGAUUGAGUAUUCCGUGGCGAAAAGUUUGUUUAGGCCGGUAUAGGUUACAUAAGGUGUUAUUCAUGCAACAUGGUGCACCACGGGCUUAUAAAAGGCCGGCAGCGCGUUCAGCGGCACACUUCGAUCCAACCUACGAUGUCGGAGGUUGCUAACGGGACUCCAGUAGACGAAUCCUGCCUGUUGGAGAUGGACGCUUGCUAUGACACUUUCGAUAAAGAUGGGGAUGGCAAGCUGAACCUGGACGAGUUCCGUCUUAUCUGCAAGGCGUUGUUCCGCAACGACAAGGGCCACAUUUACCCGCUGUCCGAGGAGCGCGCGCGACACGUGUUCCAAGUGUUCGACACCGACGGCGACGGCUACAUCGACAGGGAAGAAUUCGCCUUCUGCUGGCACCACUGGAUCAAAGUCAUCGUGCGGCCGGUGAGCGCGUUCCUGAUCGUGGACGUGCAGAACGACUUCAUCUCGGGCACGCUCAACAUCAGCAAGUGUAAUGCCCAGCAGGACGGCAGCGAGGUGGUGGAGCCAAUCAACCGUCUGCUGGAGUCGGUGCCGUUCGACUGCGUGUUCUACUCGCUGGACUGGCACCCGCCAGACCACGUCUCCUUCAUCGACAAUGUCCACAUGCGGGAAUUGCAUCCGUCCAGCCCGGUGUCAGCGGACAAGGCGGCGGCGUACGACACGGUGAUAUUCGCGGGCCCGCCGCCCAUGAAGCAGCGCCUGUGGCCGCGACACUGCGUGCAGGACACCUGGGGCGCCGAGCUGCACAAGGACCUCAAGAUAGUGGAAGGCGCCGUGAAGGUGUACAAGGGCACCAACCCGGACGUGGACUCGUACUCGGUGUUCUGGGACAACAAGAAGCUCACCGACACCAGCCUCAGCACACAGCUGCGCAUGCGCGGCGCCACCGACAUAUACAUCUGCGGCCUCGCGUACGACGUCUGCGUUGGCGCGACGAUCGCGGACGCGCUGGCCAUCGGGUACCGCGCCGUGCUGGUGGAGGACGCGUCCCGCGGCGUCGACCUCGCCGACAUCCUCCGCACGCAGCACGCCAUCCGCGACCACCACGGCGUCAUCGUCAACUCCGACGAGGUGUUGGCCAUGGUGGAAGGGAGGGACAGACGGCCUGAACUCGGAUACAAGCUCGCCAUGGAACUGAAGAGGGCCAUGGACGACAAGGAGAGCAACUAACAUGCCAGUAGUACACAAGUAGCUAGACUUCAUAGAAAGCAGAUUCCAGAAUUCAUAUUAUUUGCUUGUAGAUUUCCGAAUUUAAUCUAUGCGAUAUACCAAUUAUCAUUUAUUUCAGAUUUGGGCUGGAACUAAAUCUACGUGAUAUACCUUUUGAAACCAGUGUAUAACGGCCGUGGUCAAUAAAUUCCAAUCCGUUUUUCAAUCCAUCGCCUAAAUGAACCAAUCAGAUCAAAGUAUUUUUGACAAGCUCACAAAUGACUUAUUGUGAUUGGUUAAUUUUCAUAAUCAGAUCGAUUAAGAUUGGGGUUCUCAAAAAGUCGUAGAAGUACUUAAAUGUUGUGAUAAUGAAGCGAUGUUUACUUAAUUAGUUAUUAAUUUUAGCAUUUACUAUGAGCACUUAUUCUUCUCAAAGGACAACUUGCCAGAUAAUUUGCCACUUAAUCUCAAAGUAGUUGCACUAUUUUAAUUAUUAUAAUACAUUAUUACAAUGUAUAUUAAAUCUGAAAUUGUUUACAAUCGGUUAAGUUUUAUUGUUAUACGAUUAUCAAUGCUAUGACGUAUAUAAUAGCAUAUUGUUUUGUGUAAAAAUUAUCUGCAUAUUAUGCAAGAUUGUUUUUUUUUUUUAUUUAUAAAAACGAAUUGUAACAAGUACAAAUUGUGUGACAAAUUAAAUGUCGAUAAACUAUUUUAAAACAAAGUUACUAGACAAGUAAUCUCAAAUGUUUUCCUAUUAAUGACAAAUGUUUCAAAUUUAUAUUUAUUUUUAGUUAUAGAUAAGUUAUUUAGGGGGGCUAUUCCGUCUAUGGGGGUAAAUUCGUCUUUUUGCAAUUACCGGCGUUCUUAUCGAAGGACAGCUUUGGUAGCCGUAUACAUAACAAGAGUAUUUAUUGACUCUUACCUAUUCAGCUUUCGAAGUUGUCCUUCGUAAAGAAAGCCCGUAAUUACUAAAAGACGGAUAUACCACCGUAGACGGCAUAGGCCCCCUGACUUUUUAAUUUUUAUUUAUUGACUUAAAUACAAAGUAGGUUUUUAAUUUAAUUUAUUCUUGCUAACUUCAGAUUUGCCAUGGGUUUUUUUUAUUAUUUAAAGGAACUUCAUCAGUGUGACAAUGUGGUCCUGUAGUUGUUCCAAAAUAAAUACUUAUAACAAAAUUUACAUAUAAUAGCCCUCAACUAAUAUAAACUAUUUUGUUCUUCUAUUACACUAUUUAUAAAAUACCUUAAUUGGACCCAGAUAUGCCAAAAUGUACUAACUCACACUACUCUUAAUGUAUGCAACCGAAAUAAUGGAGGGAACCGUUUCAAAUGGCGACAUUGCCUGCAUGUAAAUGAAGUCCGUUACUAAUGAACAUUUAUUCAGUGAUUAAUGUAAUUAAUGACUUAUAUCUAAUUGUCGAAUUGUUUAAGAAUAUGGUUCAAAUAAUAAAAGUACAUACAAAAAUAAGUUAAUAUUUGACACGCUAUUAUCUAAAUGUGAUAAUUUAGUGUGCAGCGAAACGUGAUAUAUAUUUAUAUGACAAAAAAAAGUGUAAAUAUUCAAAAAAAAAUUUAUGCGUAAUAAAAUCCAGCUCUAACAAAUAACAAUCCAUAAAUGUUGUUUUAAUAAUAGUUUGAACAUUUUGGCAUAACUCGGUCCUAUAAUGGAUACACAGUAAUUUAUUAUCCAAUGUUUCCAUAAAAGCAACAUUGACUUGCAACUUUAUUAGUGUCUUAAUCCUAAAGUUGUAGUUCAGUUAACCAUAGAAUGUUAGCACAUCUCUCUAUCGCUUUCUCUUUCUCCCUUUUCCUCUCUCUUUCUAUCUCUCUCACUCUCUCUUUCUUUCUCUCUAUUCCUCUAGCACAUUACAUUCCUUUUAGAUUUUAACGGGGUACCUUUAGAUGUAUUUAUACUAGUUGUGAAAAUAUUUACAAAUCUUUCAGUAUUUAUUUCGGGUAAAAAGUCUGAAAAUAUAUAUCUGGUUAGACCAUUCCGGAAUUUUACACUUAUUUUAUUGAAUAAAUUGUGAAAUUGUUAUGUAUUUAAACAAGUUAUAUUUAGUCCAGUGAUAAGAACCACAUAAAUGGUGUAAAUUGAAUCUUAUGUUACAAUCUUUAUUGAUGUUCAAAUAUUGUAUAUUUCUUGUGAUUGUUGGUUUUGGAUUGUUAACUCUGAAUUUUGAAUGAAGAUUUUAAAUCAUUUUUAUUUUUUAUUGCAUAAUUAAUUAUCCUUUCAAAUAGAAUCAAAUGACUAUAAAAUGUAUGUUUUAGUCUCUACAUAUGCAAUAAAGUUUUCAUGAAAAAUAUGAAUCCAAAAUGAUACUGAUUGUUGUGAAAACAUUAGCGAGUAUGAUUUAGUACGCGCGUAGUGAGAGCUAUGUUCCUUUAGUGCACUCUAGCAAAUAAAUAAGAUAUAAAUGAU